GAGGGAGGGCCGGAGGGAGGGGCACCCGCAGGCACAUGCCCAUGUCGAUUAUGACCCCGUCCUGGCCGUCAACCAGGAUGUUCUCCAGACUCAUGUCCCUAUGGCAGAGACGUCGGUCGUGCAUGAAGGCCAAGCCCGACAGAAUUUGCGAAAAAAGCGUCCGGGCCCGGGCCUCGGGCAAGCCGCCCCCCCGCGC